ACAUUCUGUAUAUAAAAACGAUCGUCUCAGUUGAAUUGACGCAUUUUCGAUCAGUUCGUUCUUUCUACUGUUUGUGCACUGACCUUUACUGCCUUUUACGCUGAACGAUUUUCACUGCAAAUAUGAGUCCUUGUGUGAAGUGUGAGCUAUUGACAGUGGUAUUGAUAUCGCUAGUGAACUUAGCGAUACAGUCGCCAUUGAUUGAUGAUAGAACGGCCUCAAAUGAGUACCUUGUAUCAAGAGAUGAUGUCGAUGCAGUGUUAUCAGAAAUUAUCAAGCCAGAUGAUAGUGUCGCUCUUUUAUCAGAUUUUGAUGGAACAUUGUCCAUAAUUAAUCCAAUACCUGCACUAACCACUAUAAUUCCUGAAGCAAAAGAUGCCCUUGACCAAUUGGUUACACGAUCAAACAUACUUAUUGGUAUUAUAUCGGGACGGCCUAUGUAUAAUGUACGCACCAAAGUCGGUAUUGAUAAUGCGACAUACGCUGGUAACCAUGGGAUGGAAAUAGUAUUUGCUAAUCACACCGAAUUUCAUUAUCCAAUCACACCAGAAAUAUAUGAAAAUUGCACCAAAUUGAGAAAUAUUCUUCAGACUGAGUAUCAAGAAGUAUACGGUGGAAUACUUGAGAAUAAAAAUAUUUCGUUGGUAUUUCAUUAUCGUUUUAUUGCCGAGCAUCUACAAAGCAAAGUGAUUUCUGAAAUAACAGCACUCGUUAAAGAAUAUGGAUACAUUCCUGUGCCAGCACAUGCUGCAAUCGAAAUAAAGCCACCGGUUGAUUGGUCAAAGGGUCAUGCCGCGCAAUUGAUUAUGAAUGAAAUGUAUGGUAGCGGCUGGGAGAAGAAUAUUCGCACCAUUUAUAUGGGUGACGAUACAAGUGACGAAGAUGUGAUGAAAAUGCUUAAAGAUAAAGCGACAACCUUUCGAAUAACAGAUGAUCCAGACAUCGAAACUUUUGCUACUUAUAAAAUGAAAUCGGCGUAUACUGCAACCUUUAUACUUGAAUGGCUUGUAAACAAAACUAUAUAGAAUUAAGAUAUAAAUUAUGAUAUUAGAAGUUUGGGAUAUAUUCGAGUACGAAUAAAAAGAAACAACAAAAAUGGCAAAAUAUUUUGAAUAUAAUAUUUUUGCGUCAUCAUCAUCACCAUCAUUAUCAUCAUACGUCUAUACAUUUCGUUUGAAUUUCUAAGAGUAAUUAUUCGAUGGCAUUUCAAUUUCAGACAAGAUAAAGUUUGGCUCUGGUGGGAAACAAAAGGUAAAGAAAAUUCGAAGGGGUGAGAAAGGAUAUAAAACACAAGAAGCCAAAAAAGUUGCUAUGAAAGUGGGAAAAGUCGCUACUAAAGUCGCUGUUAAAGCUGCUGUCAAAACUAUCUGCGGUGCCGAUAUCGAGGAAGAAUAAUGUUGACAUUAUCUUACUAACAAAUUUAUCACAAAUUAAUGGGUUAGAAUAAAAUCCCGACUAAAAAGUUCAA